AUGCGGUGGGCGCUGGAUAUUCUACACCCGAAAACUGAUGGUAUAGUUCCGCCGCCGGUAUACACCUAUAUCGGAGUGCUUUCUUUUAUCUCUAGGCUUGGGGCAUCUGGGCAAGUGGGCGAUUUGGCCUCAUUUAUUGUGCCGAUAUUUAACGGAAUUCUGCCCUUAUCUGAAGGAGAAUCGCCCCUUGCUCAGACGGUUAGGUCGUCUGCAUCUGCCAGGAAGUCGAUGGUAAAGAUUCUCCGGACUAUCACGACUCUCGUGUUAUCGUUGGAAGAGAGCCCUGGACAUCAUCAAAUUCCUGAGGAGACUGUGUCGAUGAUCCUGGAGAACGCAAUUGAUUACUUCCUUGUCUCUCUUGGUGAUAGAGAUACCCCAGUACGAUUCGCAGCGAGCAAGGCACUUAGCGUGAUUACUCUCAAGCUAGCUCCAGAUAUGGCUUCUGAUGUCGUAGAGGCAGUUAUUAGUUCGCUGGAUGAGAAUAUCCUGUAUGAGAGGCAGGAUGGCACGUUAAUCACACCAUCUGAAGCCCAGAAUGUCGACGUUAAGUUACGGAAGCGUAACAUAAGCGCCGUAUGCCCUCAAAAGUGGCAGGGUCUGAUCCUCACUCUUGCGCAUUUACUAUACCGCCGCUCGCCACCAACCGCCCUGCUUCCUCAAGUGCUUCAGUCACUAGUAUCUGGACUAGAUUUCGAGCAGCGGUCAUCGACGGGUAGUUCAGUCGGAACCAAUGUUAGAGAUGCUUCAUGCUUUGGAAUAUGGGCUUUAGCUCGGAAGUACACGACUAGCGAACUACAGGACCUCGACGCCCAGGAGCUGAAGGUGACAACAAACCAGGAAGAUGGGAGUACGUUGCAAGCUCUUGUGAUAGAGCUUGUCUGUGCUGCAUGUUUAGAUCCCUCGGGAAAUGUUCGAAGAGGCGCUUCUGCUGCAUUGCAGGAGCUUGUUGGUCGCCAUCCAGAUGCAAUUUUCGAAGGCAUUCCUUUGAUUCAGGUUGUUGAUUAUCAUGCCGUUGCUCGCAGGUCGAGGGCGAUGAUCGAUGUUGCAACAGGGGCUUCAAAUAUAGGAACUUUGUACUGGAAACCCCUCGUGAAUGGCUUCUUACAGUGGAGGGGCAUCGGCUCUCCUGAUGCAGAGUCGCGACGAACUGCUGCUCGCGUCCUCGGUGAUUUAAGCCUUCAGGAAUCCUACAAGUCCUUGAGCAUAAUGCUUGAGCGACUUAUACAACAGCUCUCUACAACACCAUUACAGGCUGUUGAGGCAAGACAUGGCCUAUUUUUAUCUAUUGCUGCUACUAUUGAUGCUUUCAUCAGGCAUAGGAACCACGGAGGUGGCAAAUCCUGUUCGCCCGAGUAUACCAAAAAGGUCGUGGCUCAAAUUACUGAUCUUUGGGGGACUAUCUUUGACUCUACUAUCGCCCCAACAGCGGACGUCCUGACGCAUCAUACUCUACGCCCUGACCUCACUGCUGAGGCUUGCGCAUAUCUUAUCUCUUCUCUUUCUCGCUCCUGCGGGCCCGAGGAGCAACAAAAUGAUGUCCACCCUACGCUCCCCCACCCAUCUGCUCGAUUGCUUGAUAAAGUCAUCGAGGUCUUGCUGUUAUGUAUGUUUCGACCAGAUGAUAUUCCGAUUGAGGCCUCAUCGCAAGCAGCUUCGUGCUUAUUCCCACUACUUCCUAACUCUCAAAAGUUGGAGGUUGUGCAAAAAUGGUUCAACAAUAUUCAGGAUAACUGGCGGUUAGAGACUGGGCGCGGGCAAAUUGCAGCAUUGGGUGCUGUUUUCAAACGGAUGCCGACGGCUGGGGAAGGGAGACAGUUGAUUAUAGAUAAGCUCAUCGAUUGUACCGGGGUGGAAGAGAAAAUCGCUAAACGGUCGUCGGCUGUGAAAUGUCUUGCUAGUGGUGUGUUGCCGGAUAUAGAUGAUGUAGAAUCCCUUGCUGGGCACUUCAAGGCCUUUCUUAAUGACUACACAACGGACCGAAGGGGUGAUGUUGGUUCGUUCAUCAGGCUUGAGGCGAUCGAGGCAGUUAAUGUCACUCUUGAAUCGAAAGUGCCACCUGGCUCAGCACCUGUCUACCUGAAGGACUUGGUGAGCUGUGUUGUACGCCUCGCCGCAGAAAAACUUGACAAAGUCCGCUUUCACGCGUGGAAAUGUUUAAAGACAUUUUGGGAGACAUCCACGGACUUGCCUCCUCUAACAAAGAAAUUUGAACAUUUCAGCGAAGUCUCUACGGCAGACUAUUUCUUACAACUUUGCGACUUACUUCAAGUUGACUGGCUUCGUCACUCGCUCUCUAAAGGCAUGGUAACGUCCGCUACCACCGGUACCGAAGUAGUAGUCCGAUCCGCCCGCUUCGCGCUUUUGCAAUACAUAAAUAACCAGAACGAUGAGCAAAAAAAAAAUAUAUGCGCUAAACUUAUCGAAGACUGGCUCUCGAUACUGGAAAGCGAUAAUGAUGACGAUCGUUAUGCUAUCCCAGCUGUAGAAAUGAUUGCAUUUUUACUUGACAACUGCUUCUUGCAUAAUUCCCCUGAUCCGAAUAUCAACUACCAAAAUCUCUUCGUUGCGGUUCAAAAGUUCCAUUUUAAAUCAGCCAAUAUGGCCCGGAUUGAAGCUGCGAUAAAAGUAUAUGCACUCCUCUGGAGGAUGAAUGUUGUUAGGGGAGACGUCAUGAAAAAGCUGACGGGGAUGCUGUUGCAUCCGUAUCCUAAGAUCCGAACCAUUGCCGCGGACUGUUUAUACAUGGAGAGUCAUAUUGAGGAAAUGAAAGGCGAAGACUGGUCAAGUCCCCCAAAGCAAUUGAAAGCGAAGGUUGAUAAUUUGCGACUGGUUCUUUCUCCUCGUCCCAAUGAUAUCUCUCAAUAG